CCUCAGAGUGGGGGAAAUUCUUGUGGACCCCACGGAGGCCUGGGGGUGGGGAUAGAGCAGGGUGAUGGUGAUGGAGAUUUGCCCCAGGAUUGGGAGGGGGAUGAGUGGAGCUGCAAAAUAACGCCCAGGAGCCUGAGCGGCGCAGCCCCGCACUCUGCAAAACCCAGCAGUCUGGAAAAGCUGGGUUUGGAUUCUCCCCUCUUUGAAGAGUUCUCAGGAAGUUUGGGGGGAGGGGCGAGUCACGCUCUCCUAUCCUACCGGCAUUGGUCGCGGGAGGGUGAGGAGGGAAGACAGCAGCAUCAGGUCUCAGUGCUGUCAAGUUCCUACCCAUCAGCGGGCUCUGGGCGCUUCUAGCAGGGUCCGCAGGGUUCAGGCGAGGUGCCUCUGGCCAAGCGCAAGGGCAGGCAUGGAGGGACUGGUCCUCCUCAACGACCUCGUCACCAGGCUGCUGUUUGUGCUGCACUCCCUGGUCGGGGUCUGGCGAGUGACGAAGGUGAAGGGAGAUCCAUGGUACUGGCUGCUGGCGCUGCUCAACCUCUUGCUCUUCCUGGAGACUGUGCUUACCGUCAAGUUCAAGCGUGGCAGAGGAUACAAUUGGUUUUCACCAGCUAUAUUUUUAUAUCUGAUUAACAUCGUUCCAUCAUUGUGGCUCCUUGAAAUGCAUCAUGGGACCCAGGUACUUCCUUUUGGAAAUUGGAAUAUCCAGAGGCAAACUGCUUUCACAUAUUGUGAUGUUCAAUCUGAAGGACUGUCACAGAACAUCAGUAGAAGAGAAGACACUGAUCCCACCCUGAUGUCUAAGGAGAAAGUCAAUGGAGUGAAUAUCAUUGAGACGGCCAAAGUUUUUGUACAUAACUUAUCUGCAGUAUGUGAGACGACUUGGACUUUGGGACUUCAUCAGACAUUCCUGUUACUGCUAAUAAUUGGAAGAUGGCUUCUACCUAUUGGAGGUACCAUCACUCGAGACCAGCUCUCAGAACUUCUCCUUAUGUUUGUGGGAACAGCUGCUGACAUACUGGAAUUUACCAGUGAGACUCUGGGAUUAAAUAAUGUGAGGAAUAACCCUAAGCUAGUCUGUAUCAUCCUUGCUUUAUGGACAUGGAGUAUGUUGCAGUUUCCACUGGACCUGGCAGUACAUCACAUCGAGUGCCCCUUGGCUGUGACAAGGCGGGGAUACAUCAAGCAGUUCUUCUGCCAGUGCAGUUCCUCUUUGUGGAACAUCGGAAUCAGCGUCUUCAUACAAGAUGGCCCAUUCCUUGUUGUGAGGCUCAUACUGAUAACCUAUUUUAAAGUGAUAAAUCAAAUGCUGGUGUUCUUCGCGGUGAAGAAUUUCCUCGUGGUGGUGUUGCACCUCUACCGCCUGGUGGUGUUGGCUUUGGGAUUCCGUGCUUCCCUGAGGCACCCGUCAGAGGCCACCAAUGCAGAGCACAGAUACCUGGCUCAACCCUCUGGGUCAAAGGAGGGACUGUCCAUUCCUUUGCGGGCCUCCCCAGUCACCUCGGAGGACUCCCAUCUGACACCAUAGUUAUUUCUUCUCAGCAGCAUGCAGCUACAAAUUUUGACUUUUGGAUUUUUCUUACAGCCGUGGUGUACUCCUUCUUCUUUUCCCCCAAUCUUUGCAUAUGGUAAUUUUCAAAGAAACAACAUGAAAAAGUGAUCUUAAGUCAAAGCAGAAGAAUUUUCUCUUUUUUUUUUUUUGACGAAAUGGAAGGAACAUUUGAUUAGUGGCUAUGGCUACAACCUCCUUGUGAUGGUAUCAGAUGUGAUAGUUGUUCAAUAGCUAAGUGAUUUGUUUGUGUUGAACUGUUUCAAAAGCUAUGGACAGGGUUGCCGUGACAUGCCCUGGAAAGAUUUAGUGCAGACAAACUGUCGCAGCUGUUACCUGAAAAUAUAGAAGCUUUGAACUUUGGCUGCAUUGUCAGACUAUCUCGUCUAAUCUUUUCUGCAAUGUCCCUCUGACAUCAAAAAAUGUACAUUCAGUGAAUGCAGAACAAAUGAGGGAAAAGUGCCUUUAAAAUUACCUCAUUGUGAGCUGGAAGCAGAGAAAAUCUCUGCCCAGCUUCCAUAUCAUACAGAGCCGUAUUCAUCGCUACACAGGCCUUCCCACGAAAAUCAUUUUUCUGGGCUGAUGUGGUAUUCUGUCAUGGCACAUAUGGUCUUACAGAAAUUUUAUUGCUUUUGGCUUGGGUACUACAAAAUUCACAGCAAGCCAUUUCGGUUACGUAUCUACUGGUUGCAAAGCAGGAAAUACUGGUAAAAUGCUAGAAUAGUCACAAUUUCCACUCUGAAUACGAUUUGCAGUAUUCAUCAGUGUUUUUCUGAACCCACUUUACUGUUUUCUGUAUUGCCAAGUCGCAUCAUGUGAGCUGAACCAGGACAGCUCAGGAGCCAUGAAUAAAGGUGUUUUGGGUCCUUAAAUGUUACCAUGGUUUCUGGUGUCUGUCAGCAGCAGCAAACAUAGCUGCAGCUCCUUGAACGGCCACCACUGAAACUGACUUGGGCUUUGGUCUCCAGAAUGUGGGGAUGGAGGGUUGCAUCAGCCCCAUCCACUGCCCUUGAUGGAUGCUGGCGUCAGUAGCAACUUACCAUCGCAUCCUGGGAAUCAGGAAAUGCGGUUCAUUUGCUCACACUGGGACUUCCUUUUUCCACUAUUGAAAUAGCCAUUCUUUCCCUUUAUACAUCUCUGGACUCUGUAUGAUCCUUUUAAGGGUAUGCCCUUAAUUGGGUGUGACCUAUUGACAACUGUUUGGGACAAUUUUAUGUACAAAUCUGGAUGUGACAUGAUAUCCAUUUAAAUAAUUAGAUAAAAAAGUUUUAAAGACAUAUUCUGGUUUUAUGCAGAGCAAUGUAUAUUUUCCAAUAAAUUCUAUUUCUUUUCUUCCUCGUGCUUCUAUUUUUAACAUGAUUGUAAAAUUACAGAUGAAUUGAACAGAAUACAUUUAUAAUUUUGCACAAUAAUUUUAUACAAGAUCAGGAAAUUAUAUUUAUAUGAAAUACAGAACUUGACAACUUUUAAGGGCAUGUUAUUUAAAUUGCUUAGCAAUGGAAAGCAAAAUAAUAACUGCUAUUUAUAAAAAUGCCUCAGCAGAAUCUGUUUUUGUGUUGACUAUUUUAUGUUGAAUACUUUCUUCCACAACAUGUAUGUGCUGCUUAUUAUUGCAGAUUUGCCCAUGGCAUACUUUUCAUGUUUUAAUUUUUUUUAUUCCAGCAAAACAAACAUUGAGCCUCUAAAAAUAGAUAAAGUAUAAAGUAGUACGGCUGUUGCAAAGAUAUUUUUAAGUGCUUUCAAAUCUGAGACUUGGCUUGGUUUCUGAAUGAGUUUCUAGUGUUUAAAUAAAGUAUUUUGUAAUUAGCACUCCUCCAAAGGCCUGGGAAAGAAAAAUCCUGUCCAAAAAUCUGGUUUUAUUUAGAGUGCCAGGAAGUCAAAGAGCACCAGGACCAUCUAGGCAAUUAAUGGUGGCAAAAAUAGACACAUGUUUUGCAAGUUUUCCCAGGAAAAUCUGCUAAGGGCAGCAUUUGUUAACCUAAUUGCCAGUACUCCCACUCCUAUAGACUGGCUGCUUUUACAGUGGGGAAAGUAAAUCUAUAUUUGUUUAGUUAAUUUGAAAAGAUCCCUAAGCCCAGGUUGUAUCACUGAUGAAAAGUUAAAAAUUUAUUAAUUUGAUUGUAUAUUUUUAUUAUAAACUGCUAAACAUUGUAAUGGUUGAAGACUUUCAAGUGUUUGCUAUACAGUGGCUAGACGUCAGUUAUCUCCUAUAUGUUGACACCCUGGGACUUGUUUCCAGUUUAUUUCUAAUAAGAUAAUAUCUCACAUCAUCUAUAUAGUGUGAUACAAGCCAUGUCAACUCCCAACCCCAGAUACAGCACAUUCCAAUUCCCAACCACUGAAGAAAAGGGGUUAUUUGUUGUUGUAGCUGUUGUUGCCAUUGUUGUCAUUUAACUGUUUGAUUUAAGCUCAAUCCCAUAUCCUUUGUACAAAUACCAUUUGUGAGAAAACCAUAUUGUAUCUGUUUUAAUAAUACUGUGCAGAAACACACCUCCUUACCAUCUCUUGUGUUUUCUUUGCCCUUUUGGAAUGAAUCUCAGAUGACAUGAUGGCAUGGUAAUAUUAGUAAACUGUUUUUCCUUUGAUUAUUCUGUUAAUUUUUAUGUAAGUUGUGAUAACAAAAUAAAAACCUUGAAUUGGUCAAAAACAUCUUUUCUAAUCUUCCAUUGAAGAGUCUUAGAUAAAUUCCCCCAUUGGUUCUGUUGUUCCACUAGACCUUAUAUAGCCAUAAAGAUACAGCCAAGAAAUAUCAGAAUUCACCAUUGUAAAAUUAGAUAUUAACUUGUUAUUUGAAAGAAAAAUUUCAGAGCUCUGGGGGGGGCAAGAAUUGGAGAUGCACAUGCUCUAGGAUUUCUACCAGCUUUCAGAGUUGAAUGUUGAUGCUCAUCAUCUUUGACAUUUAAUAUUGAUAACUCUUAACCAGUUCUACUGUUACAAGAGAGAAAGAACUGCAAGAUCCAGGCUCUGUCUACCUUCCAUCUUCUCCAAGGAAGUUAAAGAAUCUGCAGAGCUUUAGAGAUGCAAAAGUAAAAUCAGUCUUGAAUUACAAGAGAGAGAGAGAGAGACUAUAUGUGUGUGUGUGUGUGUGUGUGUAUACAUAUACAUAUACAUAUUAUUUUUUCUAAUUCCACACUGCUUUUUACUAAGGGAAAUUCUAAUUUGCUCUCAGAAAUAUCUGAUUAGAGUUAAACCAGGCAGCUGGAGGAUUUUUUACAGCUUUGAAGCUCAAAUAACUUUGUAUAUGAUGGGAAUAACUAAACAAUGUUUGAAAAAUUAAGUGCCUCAGCCUUAUAGUUUAUGUGUGUCCAUCCUCAGAAUCUUUCUUACUGGAAUACUGUGUAUUUUCUUUCAGUAUUUAUAUUUAUACUAUUUUUGGGCUUUGUAUGAUUGAGCUUUGUAUUUUGUGAUAGACAUUAAAUAGUGUGUGCACAAUUUA